AUGGAGAUCUUCGCUUUUUUGGACGAAGGAUCAUCUGUUACCCUAAUAGACAAAUCAAUUUUUGACAAGCUCGGUAUAAAAGGUUCACCGUCACCGAUUUGUUUGCAGUGGACUGGAGAAACAACCCGGUUCGAAAAUACUUCCGUGCGAGCAUCAAUCCAAAUCUCAGGCGUAAGCUCAGAAAAACGUUACUGGCUCAACAACGUUCAGACUGUCCAAAACAUUGCACUGCCAAAGCAAACCGUCGAUAUGGAUGAGUUGCGCAGUAAGUACAGCUAUCUAAAGGACCUGCCAUUAGAGACCUACUCCACGCAGCCAAUAUUAUUAAUUGGAACAAACAACUGGAAAAUAGCCGUUCCUCGCAGGAUCCGCGAAGGCAACUGGAACGACCCAACAGCGUCAAAGUGCAUCUUGGGGUGGACCAUCCAGGGAUCGGCAAACUCAAACCGUCACGUAUCUAUGCACCACUGCGAUUGGCAAGAGCUUCAUGAUGAAGUGAAAGAGCAAUUCAACCUCGAGUUAACUCCGCCUAAAAAACUCCUUUCAAGCGAGGACAAGCGAGCAGUCGAAAUCCUAGAGCAGACUUGUCAGCACAAAUGUGGAAAAUAUGAAGUUGGACUUCUUUGGCGAAAUGAUCUUCAAAAACUUCCCGAAAGUCGCAUUACCGCUCUAAAGCGCCUACAAUGCAUGAGAAACAGAAUUCUGAGCGAACCGGACACGUUUACGAAAAUCGACGACCAAAUCAAAAAUCUUCUUACAAAAGGAUACGCCAAGCAACUGUCCGACGAGGAGGCGGAGAAAGAAGAAACUCGCACCUGGUACUUACCCAUCUUUAUAGCCUUAAAUCCGAAUAAGCCAGGAAAAAUUAGGCUAGUCUGGGACGCGGCAGGAAAAACAAAUGGAAUAUGCCUCAACGACCUUCUGUUAAGCGGACCGGACUGCUUAAACCCACUCAUCGACGUUCUUCUAGCCUUCAGAGUCGGAAAAGUCGCCGUAAGCGGCGACAUCGCCGAAAUGUUCCACAGGAUCAACAUUCGCCAUGAGGACAUGCAUUCCCAGCGCUUUCUUUGGUACGACGCCAACCGAAACAAGAUAAACACUUACGUCAUGCGUGCCAUGACCUUUGGUAUUAGUUGCGCGCCAUUCAUAGCCCACUACGUGCGCGACAAAAAUGCUGAAGUCCACCAGCAGCAAUUCCCUUUAGCCCUGGAUGCGAUUCAGCGUGCGCACUACGUCGACGACUUCAUCGACAGUAUGAGUGAUGAACAGAAAGCCAUCGAAAUAUCCAGCCAAGUAAGAGAGGUCCACGACAGAGGCGGAUUCGAAAUCCGAAACUGGGCGUCAAAUUCGAGUACAGUUCUCUCGUAUCUUAUGAACGAUGGAGACGCCAAAAAUCAGGAGCCAGUGCAGUUCGGCGCUACAGAAAAAGUUCUGGGUAUGUACUGGGACCCACAUAACGAUGUUUUUAAGUUUGUUUGCAGAUUCACAAGACUUAAGCGAGAUGUCCUUACCGACCCUGCAGUUCCAACGAAAAGAGAAGUCCUUCAGGUUCUCAUGUCGAUCUUCGACCCCUUGGGCCUACUGUCAUGCCAUACGAUCGGAUUAAAAAUUCUUCUGCAGAAAAUCUGGCGUGCAAAUAUCAGCUGGGACCAAGAGCUGCCAGAAUCACUGUUGGAUGACUGGAACCAAUGGAAGCUGUUACUGCCUCAAGGGGCAACAAUUAACAUUCCGAGAUGCUACUCCCCAAAGAUGUCUGAAGAGACCCGAAUCGAACUGCACACGUUCGUGGACGCUAGCGAGCAUGCUUAUUCCGCUGCUUGCUACCUGCGAGUAUCACAAAAAGACGAGGUGGACGUAAUACUUGUGGCCGCGAAAAGCAAAGUGGCGCCACUAAAACCACUAUCUAUUCCGCGCAUGGAGCUCCAAGCCGCCGUGAUGGGCUCACGCUUAGCCAACAAAAUCAUCAACGUACGUAAUCUUCGAGUCGACGAUCUUACGUUCUGGUCGGAUUCACGAACUGUUUUACAAUGGCUGGUGAUGGAUCCUCGCAACUUUCAACAAUUUGUGAUGCACAGAAUCGGCGAAAUCCUGGAGACCACCCGAGCGGAUCAAUGA